GGUAGGGGAGAAACUGGCGCUAGAUCUCUCUUGUUUCCUUGAAGGUUAAUGUUAGGCUGGGAAGAUGACAAAACUUGAAGAGUACCUGGAGGGAAUUGUUAAUAUCUUCCACAACUCAGUUUGGAUGGGGCAUUUUGACACCGUCUCUAAGGGUGAGCUGAAGCAGCUGCUGCCAAAGGAGCUUGCAAACACCAUCAAGAAUACCAGAGACAAAGCUGUCAUUAACAAAAUAUUCCAAGGCCUGGAUGCUAAUCAAGAUGAACAGGUCGACUUUCAGGAAUUCAUAUCCCUGUCAGCCAUUGCGCUGAAGGCUGCCCAUGACCAUACCCACAAAGAGUAGGUAGCUCUCUGAAGGCCUUUUACCCAGCAAUGUCAUCAAUGAGGGUCUUUCCUUUCCCUCACCAAAACUCAGCCUUGCCUGUGGGGAGUGAGAGUUAAUAAAUACACUCA